CCGCGCCCAUAAAACCCCGAGGGCCGCGCGGACACGGAGCACGGACGCGGAGCACGGACACCGAGCGCGGAUUCGGAGCUGCUGCCUCAACGGGAGGGACAUGUCACCGACGUGGGCGCUGCGGCUGCUGGGCUGCGUGAUGCUGCUCCCCGCGCUGCGAGGGGAGCUGGACGACUGCGCCCCGGGCUGGGUGCCCACCCGCGGCGGCUGCCUCGGGUACUUCCCCUGGGAGCUGAGCUGGAGCCGGGCCGAGUCCUUCUGCCGCCGCCUGGGUGCGCGGACGCACCUGGCCUCGGUGCACAGCGCGGCGGAGCUGCGGGAGCUGGGAGAGCUCCUGAGCAGCUCGAGAGGCAGCGCCGGCAGCGGGGAGGACGUGGACGACGACGUGUGGAUCGGCCUCCACCGCCCGCUCAGGAGCCGCGGCUGGCAGUGGUCGGACGGCACCGCGGUGGCGUACAGAUCCUGGCACCGAGCCGCCGUGCCCCGGCGCAGGGCGUGCGCAGCGCUGCAGGACUCCUCGGAUUUCAUGACAUGGGACGGAAAAUCGUGCAGCGACAGAAAACCCUUCGUCUGCAAAACGGGGUCGUGAGCGGCAGCGCUGCGCUCCCCCUCUCCCCCGGGCUCUGCCCCCAAUAAAUCCCUCGAGCUCAGCCA